UCGAGUAUCUUACAUGGAUCGAUCUGUUCUGGGCUACUCAAGAGUCAUGAUAUAUGGAAUCUUGGACCAGUCUGCGUCAAACAGAAAUUAGUUUGGUAUUGUUCUAUGGUUUCUGCCGUCCCACCGUCUCUCACCGACGUACGGAGGAGGCAGAUUGUCGGACGUUACAUUCACGAGUUGUGGACUGACGGUGGUUCCGAUCUUUCUGGCCUCGCCUUUCCGAUAUUUGAUGGUCGUCUUGUUGCACUAGGGCGUUAUGUUGCCUUUCAAGACGACGAUGCCGAUCACGCAAUCACCCGCAAAGAAAGUAGUCCGUCGAUUGACAGAGUUCAAUGCGAAGACAUGACCUACGACACUUUCAUUCAAACGUAUAUGUAUCCCAACCGACCAGUAGUAAUUGGUGGCUUGGCUGAGAAUUGGCAAGCCGGGCAAGAAUGGGUGCAAGAUGUCGGCGAAGCUCGAAUUCCAAACAUUGCUUUUUUGCGAGCUCAAUUUGGUUCCGAGCGCGCACCUGUAUACGAGCAGCAAACGAAAGGAUUUGGACCGACAAGGCCACAGGCUUCCGAUAGCACCAUUGCGGAAUAUUGCGAUUGGUGGACGGAACAAGCCACACUUGCUAGCGAAACAGUAGCUGUUGAAAAGGAAAGCACUCUCUAUUUGAAAGACUGGAAAUUUUUGGCCGCCCAUCCCAAAUACAAUUUAUACGAAUGGCCUCACUAUUUCCGAGACGACUGGCUCAAUCAAGCCAUGGGAAAUGCAUACAAGUUUGUUUAUUUGGGGCCUAAAGGAACUAGUACUGUCCUACAUGCUGAUGUUUUGCAAUCGUUUUCGUGGUCCACCAACGUUUGCGGGAAAAAACGAUGGUUCCUGAUACCACCAGAAUACACCUAUCUCCUUUACGAUUGUUUUGGAAAGAAGCUCGCCAGUCACUUGCAUGCAGAUGUUGACGAUGGGAUGAAGACCUUUUUCCCCGGUCUACAAGAAGCCCGGCGGCAUGCUGUUCGAGUGGAUCAGGAAGCGGGAGAAACUAUUUUUGUCCCCUCUAAAUGGUACCAUACAGUAGAGAAUCUGGAAGAUACAUUAUCAAUCAAUCACAACUGGUUGAACGGAGCAAAUAUUGGACACAGUUGGGAUAGGUUAUGUAUCGAAUUGGCAGAAGUCCGACCAUCCCGACUAGACGCCGGGAUGGGUAGUGAGGAAAUAAAGUCAACGGAGGAAAUCUGCUGUGGCAACUCUCAGAUUGGCGAUGACCUUGUUCUGCUUUGGCAUGUUGUCACUCGCAAGGUAUUGGCAGUCCGUAACAUCAUUGGUGCCAGUCUAUCGAAUCAGACGAUAUCGGAUAUUGAUGCCAUACUACCA